UGAAUGACGUCACGAAAAUUAAAAGGAAAGAAAGACAAUCUGUUUUCUGCUCUUCACAAAGUAACGAUUUUAAACACAAUUAAGCCGAGUUCAUGGUCAGAGUGAACUAAACAGACUUCUCUCUUCAUUAGAUUACCCAGUGUUCACAGAUAGACAUGAAUAGUCUGUCAUUAAGCGAACUGUGCUGUUUGUUCUGCUGUCCACCAUGUCCCUCACGAAUCGCAGCUAAACUGGCUUUUUUGCCUCCUGAACCAACAUAUUCAUUAGUUCCUGAUGAAACAGGCUCAAAAUUCAGUCUACACUUAACAGAAAAAGCUGAGUGGCAAUAUUCACAGCGUGAAUUAGACUGUAUAGAAGUGUUCUACACUAGAACCACAAAAGGAAACCGUAUUGCUUGUAUGUUUGCUAAAUGCUCACCAAAUGCUAAGUACACAUUAUUAUUCAGUCAUGGUAAUGCAGUAGAUUUGGGACAGAUGAGCAGCUUUUACAUAGGACUUGGUUCUCGCAUAAACUGUAAUAUAUUUAGUUAUGAUUAUUCUGGUUAUGGUGGAAGUUCUGGGAAACCAUCAGAGAAAAACCUGUAUGCUGAUGUUGAUGCAGCGUGGAAUGCUUUAAGAACCAGAUUUGGCAUUAACCCCCAGAAUGUUGUUUUAUAUGGACAAAGUAUAGGCACUGUACCAACAAUAGAUUUGGCAUCCCGAUAUGAAGUUGGUGCAGCUGUUCUUCAUUCACCACUGACGUCAGGAAUGAGAGUUGCAUUUCCUGAUACGAAAAGAACUUGGUUUUUUGAUGCAUUUCCAAGUAUAGAAAAAGUUCCAAAGAUAACCUCUCCAGUGCUUGUGAUUCAUGGAACAGAAGAUGAGGUCAUAGAUUUCUCACAUGGUUUACAAAUACAUGAACGAUGUCCACGAGCUGUUGAACCAUUGUGGGUGGAAGGAGCUGGACACAAUGAUGUUGAGCUGUAUGGACAGUAUCUAGAUCGACUGAAACAGUUUAUUAAUUCAGAAUUAGCACUUAACUGAUUGGCAGUUCUGAUUAUGUUCAUAUCAAAAUUUUAAUAGAAACAUAUUGUGACUUAUGUAUUUUCAGGUACAAUGUCUGAGAUAUUGUUUGGUUUGAAAUUUAAAAUGUGAAUUGGUUGAACAAGGAUAAUUUAUAUUUUGCAAUUCUCAGCAGUUCUUUAACUCAUUUCAUGUGUCAGAUUUGAAAAAGGGUAUACAUGUAUAUGUUUUUUUUUAAAGAACAUUUGUAUACUAUACAUACAUGUAGAUCAUUAUGUUUGUAUGAUUGAACAAUGCCAGCUAUCUCGGUAUAUAUACCUAUUUCAGGAUAAGGAAGCAUAUAGUUUUCAAGACAUUAUAAAAAACUUGAGUAAUAAAGUACUUGUAUGAUAAGAUACAUGUAAAUCAUUAUUAAGAUAUAUACUACAGAAAAUAAUCAUACAACAAUGAUAAGAUUGAUCAGAAGUGUUUAAUUAACUUCAUCAGUCGUGUUUCUACAGUGCAUUGACGUAGGGCAGACUUAUUAUUUGUAAAAUCAAUAUACAUGUACAUGUAGUGCUGAGAAAGGGUUAAUAUUUGUAAGAUUUUCAACCGCUGAUUUUCAAAGUACAGUACUGUUAAAAGUUCUUUCCUCUAGACUAAUCAGUGUUUGUUGGUAGUUAAUUUCAUCUUAUAUAUUUAUCUUGUACAUGCCUAUUGGCAUGAUCUGUAAGACUAAAGUUUGACUGAUAGUUUAUGACAUUUGGGAAAAUGUUAAUGUAAGAGCAAAAGUUGAAACAAAAUCAAACUUGUAUUCAGAAACAAAAUCAAACUUUUGUAUUCAAAAUUAUCAAUGAUCCUGAUUUUUGGUUUGUUUUCAAAUUCCAUUUUAAACAAUUGAGAAAGACAAUUGACAUGACUGUGGACAAGUUAUGCACAGUAACAUUUUUCACAUGAAAUUUUUGAAUAUUAUUUAGAUAUAUAUGAUGUGUACUGUGAAGAUAAACUAGUCAAUUAUUCGUUCCACAUUUUUUUUUGUUAAAGGUAUGUAGGUGUAUAACCAUAAUAAUAUGAAGAGUUAUGUAGGUAAACAUUCAAUCUUUAGCUGAAUAACUUAAUAUAAGACAUGUAAGAAAGAAAAAUUUGGAAAGGUUAACAUGGUUAAAGGAGCAACGUAAUUUUUUUAUUUAGUUAAAGAUCAAACAAUGUAUGUUAUGGCCAAACAUAACACCUGUCUAAACUGACUGGACAUAUUUCUGGACCUUUACUUACAUCAAUCCGUUAUAUAAGAUUGAUAUUUCAUACAGCAGAAUUGCUAUACUUAGCUUCAUCCCCAGCUAAGCUGGUGUGUGAUCAUAAAAAAAGAUGAAUAGAAUCGUUUGUAAGCUAAAAACCUUUUGUUUUAUAGCAUCAGCUGGUCAUACAAAGUAACAAAACCAACAAGUUUUUCUUAAAAUCCAAAUUUAUGGGGUUGCUUAAUAUGAAGAUUAUUUUCCACCUUAUUUGAAAAGAAACAAAUAAGAAAUUAUUAUGUUUUGGUGUAAAUAUAGGUUUUUCUGUACAUUUUUUUAUCUGCUCUUAUCAAUUUUUGUAUGUUUUAUGACUGUCUCAAUAUUCACGACAUUGCUGGAAAUUGUUAAUUAUCUCUUUCCUGUUUCAAGCUUUGCUAACAAAAAAAUCAAAGAAAUAAAUGCACAUAUUACAUAUAUAUUUGUAAUAAUAGUAUCAACAUGUUCUUUUACAUCAUACAUGAAAUAUUAAAGCAUGUUAAGUUUUGUAUGAACAGUUAAUUAUGCAUGUUCUGACAUGUAUAUUACGUUGUUCAUAUAUUAUGUAUAUUUUUGAGUUUAAAAACAUGUCACCUGUAUAAAAUAUUACCAUGAGAAGGGGACCAGUGUAAUACCUAUUCCACAAAAGAAGUACAGUUAUAAUCAACAUUUAUAUGAUAUAUCAGAGCCCUGAAUUGUUUUAAAUGUCCUCCAUCCCUAUGAAAAUGUUGGGAGAGAAUAUUAAGUAUUAAGAAUUUUGUCAUUGAAAGUGCAUAUCCGUGCUAACCUUAUCACUGUAUCACCUCUAAAGUUCUUAAAAUGAUAUGUUCAUACUGUUAUCCUGGAACAUUAUUUUUGCAACUUGGUCAUGUACCAGCAUAAAGGGCACUCCAUUGUAACCCCCAAAAUGAAAAGUACCUUGGAGGAAAAAUCUCCAAUGCUUAUUUAUACUAGUGUUUAUCAAUACGUUGUAUCAUAGAAUAGCUUUCUGUUUCUGAAAUUCACAGAAAUAGGUCAAACCGAAGUUUUGACAAAACCUUGAAGUAAUCAUUCUUAAAAGUAGAAAGGGUCAGAAUGAAUAAUUAAUCAGAUUACCCGUGUGCUUGAAUGAUGUAGGAAAAAUAUUGGAAGGAAAUAUUUGUUAAUUUAUAAACAUAGCAUUAGAGUUUUUGUAAGAGAAAUGAUAAAAAAUUCAAAGGUCAGUCUAUUUGUUAGGAGACAAAUGUAAAAAAUGAAUUUAUUUUUCAUAGAAGUAACUAUGUACAAACUUUUCUCAUGUGAUAACUGAGUCAUAUUCAAGGAGUGAAGUUCAUUAUUAUUUUUGAAGAUUAUAUCUGUAUUUUUGUGGAAGAUUUUUGUUCUGUAACUGUGUUAUAAACUUACGUAAGAUUUCGUCCAAAGAAAAGUAUUGUCUAUACCUCUUUUAUUCUGUAAAUAAUUCCUUGUAUAUUGUCAUCAUAGAACUAUUGGUUGAUAUCAUAUCCAUGAAUUGGUGAAAUAAUAGGUAUUGUUUAAUUUAUUGUACAUUUAAUAUAUAGAAUCAUGAGUUUUAAUAUGCCAAACAUGGGAUUGAAAUUUCUUGGAAGUAGAAAGCACAAUAGUAACAUUUAUAUGAAGAUUGGGAACUCUUUCUUAUUCCGCUUCUUUCAUAAUAUAAAUAGUGUGUUUUAUUGAAACAUACAAGACUUUAAGAUGAAGUUGAAGAACAGCAACGAAAGGGCUGUUCCUUUGGUUUUUGUGUGUUUUUUUUGUUUUGGUGGGUACUGAUUUCAUGGAUAGACACCCCCAUAUCUUUUUUUUUUCCAAAAUACAUUAAAACCCAAAUAAUACAAUAAUGAUCCCAAACAGGCUUCUCCCAUUUAUCAAUAUAUAUCAAUAUAUAUGUACAACAGAAAAAAAUCUCACCAUCAAGUAUGUUUCAAUAGAACACACCUUACACAAACUUGGAUAUAAGUCUCUUCUUUGGUUAAGAUUCAUUUAGACAAUUGAAGGUUGAACAAGAUAAGAUAAAUAAUAAAAUCAUUAUUAUUAUAAAAAAAUGAUGGAGCAACUUGAAUAUGAAGGAGUCUUGUGUGUGUGUGUGUGUGUACUUCAAAGAAAUUCAAGGUCAUGCUUUUGCUCACUUUAUGACACUUUAUGUGUAGAGAUGAACAUAUAAAAGAAAUUACACUGCUUUCUUGUUACACAUUGCUUAAAAUUUGGUGUUCCACUUUAUAUAGGAAUAAAUCCUAUCAACAAAAGUAAUUCCAUCUUUACAAAAUACCAAAAAAAGAUAAAGCAGUUUUUCAAGGAAGCACUGUAAUUGAUAAAUAUUUUCCUUAUUGAGUAUAUAUUAUAUUUUUCAAUUUUUAUCUAUUGUUAUAUGUAGAGAUACUUAAAUUAUUUGUUUGGGGUGUACAAGGACAUUAGUCAAUUUCAAUAAACUUGAGAUUAUAAGUAAAAUAUGAAGAGUUUUAUUAUGCAGCAAUACUCUUAUAUUUCAUGUAUUUUCAUUAUCAUAAAAAUAUGUAAUUACUUCCCACUAGCAGGAUUAACAUUUAAUAUGUGUUGGAUAACAGUUUCCUUGUUAUGGAUUUAUUUUUCAUCACUUAAGAAUUCAAAAUAUUCAUUUAUUUUAGAUUAAAUGUAUUGUUUUGUUACUAGUGAUCUCGUUUUUUUUGUUACUGUACAUUUCGUUCGUAUAUUAACAGCUAUUUAUUAAAUUUAAUAGAUUAUUUCUUAAAAGGAAGUAUAUAACAACAAGAAAAAAUACUAUCAUUAGGAAGACAUAGUUAUUAUUGUAUUUAUUUUGACAUUUUAUUGCAUUCAAGUAUUGAAAAUACAAUUUUUAUAGAGUCCAUUAGGAAAGCAUUAUGUGUAAACUUUUCAAUUAUGAAUUUAUUGAGAUACAGAUGUUUCUUGAAAUAUAUAAAGCAAAUGAUGGAGAAGAAAAGAGGCAUUAUAAACAAAAAUAACUUUUAUUACACUUUUUUUCAAAAUAGUUAUAAAAACUUAUUAAUUGAGCCCCCACCUCCCCCUAAAAAAAUUGAGUGAAAGAAAAGACUGCAUUAAAUAAAUUUUGUAUGCAUAAUUAAAAGUUAAAUCUGUAAUUAGUCAUCGGUAAAAUAACUUUAAUUACAAAUGUCUUCUUUUCCAGGAAGUUGAAUAAGUACACAUUAGUAAGAUUUCAUGUUUACAUACUUUCAUAAUCAGUGAUUAAACAGGAUACAUAAUCCACUAUACCAAGUGUUUAAGGGAAAUGUCAAGUUAUAUCGGUAUGUUGUAGAAUGUUUCUGUUACACUAUCAAUUAAAACUAAUUUUAGAGUGAUGGAAAGUUAUCAUACCUGUUCAAAAUGAACAUUGAAUUGUGUCCCUUUGAAACCACAUAGAAUUUUACCCCGGUUUUCAUGUCAUUAAAAAAUAAAAAACUGUGAACAGAAAAUUAGUAUUAUUGAAUGUAUCAAAAUUGAUUUGAUUUGGUGCUUCUAUAAUUUAAACUAAUCAUGUUUUAACAUUUUUUUCUUGCUGUUGGUAAAGACAGUUUGAUUUGUAAUAGGAACGUUUCAAAUAGCUUCUGUUAAAAUGAAAUAGAAUUGGUCCUUUGCAAGAAGUAUUUGUUAAAAUAUAUAGAGUUUAUACUGUACAGUUUGCUAAUAUGAAAGUAGAUUUACAGUUGUAAGUAGUAGGUACUUGUUUAAAUAGUCAUGGGAAGGUGUUGUAUGAAGAUGUUAGAUAAACUUUAAAAAACAAAAGCUAUACAGUGUAAUUUAAAUGGAAGUUAAUUUUUGUCCAAAAUAUCAGAUGAUUUUAGUAAGUUUUAUAUUUUCAAUUAUUUCCAUUUAAUUGAAAUUAUCUACUACAGCUGUAUUAUCUUUUUAGUUAUCUGUUUAAUCAAUUUAUUUUAAUUUUUAUUUAGAAAACCACAUAUCUCAUGGUUAACAAGCACAUAUUUGAUAUUGUAUAAAUUAAUUUUUGAAGCAGUUUUGGUUUAUUUGAUAGCGAGAGAUAGAAGGAAUUACAAUCAGCACAUGUUAAAAUUAUCAACAUCAUUAAGAUUUUCUCUUUGUAUUAAUUUUGUUGUGUAAGUAAUUUUUUUUCUGUUCCUCCUUAUUUCAUUUUGUCUUUAAUAAAUGUAAAAUGAC